GCCAGCCGCCAGUUCGCCGUGAGCGUUCGUAAUGCGAGGACAGUCUGUGAUCGCAUCAGCGAGCGCGGAGCACUCUCACCUCUCGCUUUAAACGACACAGAGAGCGAGCGAAAUACGGAGGCGACAAUCGUGCGGUCGAUUUCUCUGAUCGACGAUUCCUCGGGAAGCGAGCAAGAUCGGGCAACCAGGACGCGAAGGCUUCUCGGCCUCUCUUUUUUUUCGAUCGUGCCGUCAAACGGGCGCCGUUCUAACUUCUAAACACGAGGAUUCGGAGGAUCGCCAGCUUGGAACUUGGAUUCCGUUCUCCUCUUCGAGUUUGUGAAAGAAUUCGACACGAAACAACUAUUCGUUCGAUCGGAGUCGAGCGAUUCGACGAGGUGUGUUUAAUCCGAGUGAUUCAGAGUUCGCGACGAAUCAGCUGAUCGCGAUACCGUUUCAUCGGUUUAACGGACUUUGCGGAGCUGCCUUGCGCGCACCUCUUCAAUCGUGACGAGUGAGAAACAGAAACAAUAAUACGGACAGCUGAGUAAGACGUGCGCGAGGGGGUGUAAGUGAAAGAAAGGAGGCAACGUAAAAAACGGUGAAAGAAAAACAGACUUUUUCUCAGUUCCAAGUGUUCGGACAUUCUUCCGGUUGUUCCGGCUGCGCGUGGGCUUGUUUUAAUUUCGCGCGGCGCCGACACCUGCUACAACUGCAACAACUAACUGCGCGGGGGGGGGUUUUAUCGCGGAACUUUCGUGGCGCCGCCGUGUGCCGUGUAGUGUGCGCGGGGUGAGAGCUUGAAGUUUGCGAGCGCAAGGUGGGACGAAGUGCAACCGUGUGCGCGCGCGUGCGGAAUAAAGAAAGAGAGAGAGAGAGAGGGACAGAAACGAAACACGAUACUCCGAGAAAGUUUACUCGCGACGUGCCGGUCGCACUAGAGAACACCUCAUUCUCUAUAUGCGAGAGUAGGAUCGUACCACGCGCCAGAGGAAGCCGUCAGGCGGAAGCGAAGAAAGGAGACAGAAGAGGAAACGGUAGGGACGAGAAAGAGAGUGCGUCACCGCGUGCACUCGUCUAUCGUUGUCGCUCUCGCGCUCUCCCCUCCCUCUCCUCUCUCCUCGCCUUUGUGUUCCUCGUGAUUGUCGCCGUGCCUUCGCCUAUGGCUUGUCAGUAGCAGAGAAAAACAGACGGAAGAGCGAAGGAUAGAGAGACAGGAGGACAGAGGCGGACAGGCCGAUAGAGACCGUCGAGGCAGAUAUUUCUCACCAAGGGGGAACAGAGGGGGCAUCCCGGCAAACUGAAUAUGUCCGCCAAGCGAAAGUCCACUGCCAUCAUGCAGCACCACAAGGAAAACAUCUCGACCCCGGAGCCAGCCGACAUAUCCGAGGACGAUCACUAUCCAAUGUCGACAGGCUCGCUUAUGAAAGACCCGGAUAAGCUGAAGCUGAUGCUGCUCGCGUGGAAUUAUAAUCUUCAAGCGCAGGCACAGGUCCACCAGGCACAGGCGAACGCCCUCUCGCCAAAUAACUCUUCGACUACCACGGCCACCACUGUUGGCACACCUGUCACCAGCCAAUCUGCCAUUUCCACGGCAAACAACACCAUUAACAACUCUACACUCACAGAUUCUCGAAACGGUUCUUCGGAAUUAGUGGACAUGCCAGCGGGAACCGUUCCGAGUUUGGGCGCCGUGACGGGCGGCGAGGACAUGGCUUCCUUGUGGGCAACUUAUACCAUGAGUUACAAGAAAACGUCGCCGCCGGCAUCGUCGGCGACGCCCUCGCGAUCGGAUCGCGAUCGAGAGUCCAGCCCGCCCGGUGGCGAGGGAACGGGAAGCGCCCACGAUGAAACCAGCAGUAGUGGCAACAAGGAAGACGAAGACGAUGACGACAUGGACGUGGACGAAGGACUAGACCCGAGACAUCACGAUCCGGAACGUCUCAAGGCGUUCAACAUGUUCGUGAGGCUGUUCGUCGACGAAAACCUCGACCGUAUCGUGCCGAUCUCGAAGCAGCCCAAGGAGAAGAUCCAGGCAAUCAUCGACAGUUGCACGAGACAGUUUCCCGAGUUCGCCGAAAGAGCCAGGAAGAGGAUCCGCACGUACCUGAAGAGCUGUCGGAGGAACAAACGCGGCAGAGAGGGCCCUUGGGACACCGCCAGACCCACGCCAGCACACUUGACCUCCGUGCAGGCUGAGCAGAUUUUGGCAACGGCCUGCGAAAACGAGAGCGACAACGCGAAGCGCAUGAGAGUCGGUCUAGAGCCUGUGUCGCAGCCUAUGCCAACUCUUCCGGCUGCAACGCAAACGGACGUUCGAUCAAGUUUAGAGCACUUCUCGAGCACGCCGAUUAAAUCACUUCCGGGUAAGAGGGAGGACACUCCCCCGGCAUCGCUAACGUCCCUGGCACCUUUAACCAGUUUGGCGAACUUACCGAGCAGCACCCUUUCCUCCACGCCGCUGUCGCUCGCAUCCGCGUCAAAGUUGCUCACUCCAACGGACAACAAAAGUCUCAUGAGCCAGGCGACGAUAGUCAGUUCGUCGACGGUGAAUGGUGUCGCCAGUGGCGGUGCACCGACAGCCAUGUACAGACCUAACUUUAGCCAGGCGUUCCAGCGUGCCGGGCCUACAACGGUACCGCCGACCCUCUCAGCUGGGCUCUACCCGACCCAAAGUUUCACGUCGGGCCUACUGAGCAACGGUACACAAAGACCAACGGACCUUAGCAUGAAGAAUACGAAGCCACUGCUAAGUCACAAGUUGAACGCGACGGAAAUGACCGCGGUGAGACAACUGAUAACUGGAUAUCGGGAAUCUGCCGCCUUUUUGCUUAGAUCCGCCGAUGAGUUGGAGCAACUGUUGCUGCAGCAACCAUAGAGUUAUAUUUAUAUGGCCAGCGCUCAGCCGCUUGGCUCAUAAUCACAAUAGUCGACGAGAAAGCGAUCCAAGUAUUGGUAUACCAUGCCAUGAGCACUGCGAGCUCUAUCUGAUCAUCGAGAGAAACGUUGGAGUCAGAUUCAACGUGGUUUAUUCAUUGAUAAUUCUUCAAGGGCGUUUGUACUCUGUCGGCAAUGCGACUUUUCUUAUAAGCUUACCCUCUGCUGCAAAGAGGUUUUCGCUGAUUCUGAUCUGAUAAGACGAGAAUGCAGAAUUGUAUUCAAAAUUUAACACAGUUUGACUAGUUUAGGAAUAAUUAGAGAAAUUAAUCGGAGUUACUUCAUAAUGGGCAAAGAUUUCUUUGACGAAAAGACAACAGCCAAGUUUGAAAUCGCGAUACAAGUAUUUCAAUUCUAUGCAAUCUAUAUAUUACAUUACGCAAGUAUUGCAUUAUUAAAAAAAAUGAUCUUUAUUCGGACUCCUCUAUUGUAAUUUGAUUAAAAAU